AUGGUCAGAUUUGAGAUUUGGCAAGUCUCCUACCUCUUUUUCCCUGCCUUGAUUCUCCUGCAUCUCUACAUCUCACCGUACACUAAAGUGGAGGAAUCUUUCAAUAUCCAAGCCGUCCAUGACAUCUUAAAGUAUGGGGUGCCAACACACAAUGUUUACCUUAGACUCAAGGCUCAAUAUGAUCAUAUGACAUUUCCUGGUGCAGUGCCGAGGACUUUCAUCGGCGCACUUGUCCUCGCAACCCUUGCGAAACCGUUCAUUUUGUAUGGUUCUCUCGAUGGAGAACGACAACAGUUAUUAGUGCGAGCGAUCCUGGGUCUUUUCAAUGCCGUCGCCCUCAUCCGCUACGCGUCGGGUGUCAGACGAGCAUAUGGAAAAGUCGCGGCGGCAUGGUAUACUUUUUUGCAAGCCAGUCAAUUCCAUAUCAUGUACUAUUCAUCGCGAACUCUUCCUAACAUGUUCGCUUUUGGAAUCAGCACACUGGCUCUCCGCUUCUUGCUGCCGGAUGAUCAAACGAUUCUUGCAGUACGGAUCAAACGGGGAAAAUUGGCAUUCUAUCUCCUGACGCUGGCAACCGUCAUUUUCCGCUCUGAGCUUGCAUUACUCCUCGCAUCUCACUGCCUCUACAUGAUUUGCAAAUCGAGCAGCCUAUCUUCAGCCUUCCGCCUCGUCCGAAUAGUUUUUCUCCCUGCUAUACUGGCCGCGACCAUCGCCGGUUUACUCCUCACUGUCAGCAUCGACACUUUCUUUUGGCAAUCGCGCACUUGGCUGUGGCCUGAACUCGCUGCGUUCCUGUCUAACGUGUUCCCAUCUAACGACAGGCUCGGAGCGUCAGCCUGGGGCACCUCACCCUGGCAUUGGUAUUUCACAUCGGCUCUUCCUCGACUUGUCGUCAACCCGUUCCUCCUCCUACUGAUACCAUGGGCCAUUUUAACGUUGCCAGUACUGGAUCCCGCAAUUAUCGACCUCGUCGUCCCAUCUCUGACUUAUGCGGGUCUCUACUCGAUCCUACCACAUAAAGAAACCCGCUUCCUCUUCCCUAUCGUCCCGCCUCUGACGGCAGCCCUGUCCCUGUGUGUACAGUACAUGUCAAUCCGCCGUGGACGGUCUCUGUUCUACUUUCUGGCAACACACACACUGAUAAUCAGCAUGAUCCUGACAACUUUAUUCUCGCACGCACUGCUCCUCCCACUGUCUGCACAGACCUAUCCUGGCGGCCAAGCCUUGAGCUCCCUGCACACCUUGUCGCUCGACUACGGCCCUCAACCCCAAAUCCGCGUCCACUUGACAAAUCUCGCCCUGCAAACUGGCGUGACGCAUUUUCUUGAAACGCCGUCCUCCAAACUGCACGCACGCCCGGUCUUCGCGCUACCCGGCUCCCCAGACGGACGUAAACCGACCAUCACCUCGACCCGCCGCACGCAGUGGGUGUACGAUAAAUCGGACAACAGCACCGAGUUCCUCAUGCCCCAAUUUUGGAACCGGUUCGACUAUGUUGUCGUCGAGGAUCCCAGCCACGUCAUCGGCGCCUGGGACGUCGUGGAUAAAGUCCCUGGGACAGGCAGACCUAGAAUUUUACAUCCUGAUAUUGGUCGCGGGAUGCUGGUCUUGGGACCCAAGAGUCAGCGCAGGGAGGCAGAUGGCCUAUCGAGGAUGAUGGACACCAUAUACGGGGAGGGCGGGAAGUGGGUGUACGGUGUCCUCCAUGAUAUCCUGAGAGAGGGAUAUGGUGUCGAGCACGUGCUGGGGAACAGCUGGAGCUGGACGAAAGGAUGGUGGCUACAUUGGGGACUAGAAACGAAAUUGUACAUUCUGAAGAGGGCGGAGGGGGGAAUUGAGACUUGA